AUGUUCCCAACCUUUACCGGCUCUUCCAGGCGCCCGCGAAACGUCAACUUGAGCGGUCAGCGGAAUACAAACCCUUGGGCUGCACCUAGCUGGUCACCUUCUGGCUCUGGCGCCUCAAAAACAGUAGCACAAGCACAGGUUGAACGUGAAAGGAGACAGAGAGAUCGUGACGAGUUGAAUGCUACUAAGAGACUGCAAAGAGUAUGGAGAGGCUACAAAGGCCGACAAAGCUUUAAACAAACAUGUCGAGAAGAGUUUGAUGCUCUAUACAACCAGCCUCAGAAUGAUGCCAUUCCAACCAGAGUGAUCAGUGCCUUACCCCUUAUUCAUAUACUAUUCGAUCCAUUACGAGCAGACGAUCAGAAACGUUUAGAUCUACUAGUUAAAGAUUUGACCAGUCUAAACUCCGCUUCAAAUUUGGAUCUAUUCAGUCCUAAUUCUUGGGAUAGAUUAGCAGUUCUCAUCGUAAGAGCUCUAGAAGGCCGACCAGCCAGUUCAUCGUUAGAUCUUCUCCAUAUUCUGGUUCUUAUUGUCAGAAAAAGACCACAUUCUAUUACUCCCAUCCUGCACCGAUAUUAUAAGCUCAUCUCCACGUACUCUCAGCGUAGCGGCCAGGAGGGCCCCAACUCGACAGGAGAACUGGAUAUCGUUGCUAAAGCAGUGACGGCCCCUCUUAUAUCAUCUACACAAGGUGUAUCCGUAUUACCAGCCUACCAGGCUUUUGCGUUCUCCUUCCUCACUUCACCAAAUCUUCUAUCCUUCCAGCGGGACCCUACACGGAUAGCAAGCUAUGUAGAUCUUCAACUUUUAUCACAGAGUAUCAUAGAUACUAUAUCAGGGCAUGAGAAUGUUAGUUCCCUAUCAAAGGAUGGUGCUCUCUGUCUCCUAGCCCACUUCAUCGCUUUAAAUAGGGCAGCUUCCUCCUCCUAUGGGGUUAACUACCUUGAGGCCCUCUAUCUCCAGCUAUCCAUCCUUGUUGACGAUAUCCGGAUACGAUAUGACCGACACGAUACCCGCAAUGAGGCCGAAGGCGGUAAUGGCGAUACCUCCGAUCAUGACGAUGAUACCGGAGACUCUGCUCCAUUAUCUACUUGGGUGCUAAGUCAACUAGACUUCCUCGUAGAUGAAGACGGUAUCUCAGAUCUGCUAAGUAGAUUUACUUCGACCGCAUUAUCUCCUGACCGCCUUUCCGAAGAUGCGAGUCUUCUUGCUGGCUAUACAUUAGUCUUGCUUAGAUGUUUUCCGAGCCACAGUGAUGACAUCAAAAUGCGACUCUUCCAGGGCGACAUCUCUAUAGUCAGCUCAGCUACUCCCAUAUCAACGCCUUCAGUUAAGUAUUUCUGGCAGGCAGCUUCGAAUACAAGCAUAAUUAGGAUUAUCACGCAACCUAGGACUCAGCAGCAGCCUGCGGCAAUCGUUACACUUCUCCAACCAGACCAUGUACGUGAUAGAGAAUGGAGGACUAUAUUGCUAUUUCUAGAAUUAUAUAACUUCCUCCUCCGGGUCACUGAUGACGAAGACUUUCUACCGCCGGAAAACCAGAUAAUAUCGCACCAAAGUCCCGCAACGUCGAGAAUACGUUCAAGCGGUCUCAGUUUGAAUGAGCUAAAGCAACUUAUCAAUUUCCUCAAGAGCCUCUCCUUUCCACUCUAUUAUAACCUGGCAGACAUUAUGCCGUCUGCAGCAAGGCCGGCUCGACUGAAUAGUCUUAUGGGCAUCGGUUCUGCCAAGCCGACCACGCAAGAGGAAGAGCCCAAGGAUACUCAAUCCUCAUUUGCUGGAAUUAUUGGGAUGGACGUUUUGAGUCUGAGGGCUGCAUCUACGACAACCAUGCGUUCAUUAUACGAAAGAGAUUCUCGCCGGCGUUUUCUUCCUUCGGACUUUUGGUUGAUGACCUCAAAAUUUGACAUGGACGGAUUUAUAUCGGCCGUCGUUUUAGAAGAACAGCAAAAAGAACAGAUGGCCGAAGAUGAAGAUGACUCGGACGACUCGGACGAAGAUGCGCUUGAUACCUUUCACACAUUUACAGGACAACGCCUUUCGCGGGCAGCACAACUCGAGAGGCGCCGUCGAUUACGAAGGGUCCAACGAGAGCAACUGCUAGCCCAGGUUGGACCUAAGCUCGAAAUUCUUCGUAAUAUGCCGUUUAUUAUCCCGUUUGAAGUUAGGGUCCAAAUAUUUCGCCAAUUCGUAUAUCUUGAUAAGUCAAAGCGCAGGGGUGGCCAUGUUGAUCCCGAUCGGUGGCGUUUGUCAGUAAUCUCAGGAGAAGGUGGGUUCAAUGGUCCUCCUUCUGUUAGAGGCAGGGACAUUCUCGGCCGCCACUCGGCCAGGGUCAAGCGUGGGCAGGUGUUUGAUGACGCAUACGAGCAAUUCUACGCUCUCGGUGACGGAUUAAAGGAACCUAUCCAAAUAACAUUUGUUGACCAGUUUGAUCAGGCUGAAGCUGGUAUUGAUGGCGGUGGUGUUACAAAGGAGUUCUUGAUUAGCGUCACCGACGAGGCCUUCAACCCCGGUUCUGGCCGUGGCCUCUUCGCUACUAACAGUCAAAAUCUGUUGUAUCCGAAUCCGAGUACAUUUGAUAAUCAUGCACAGCUCCUUCGUAGUCAUGGGUAUACAGAAAGUGAUAUGAGGUGGAAGGAGGCUAUGGUCAAUCUCGCUAGACGUUACGAGUUCCUCGGUCGGGUGGUUGGAAAAUGCAUGUACGAAGGCAUCCUUAUCGACAAAGCUUUUGCUGGCUUCUUUCUUCUUAAGUGGUCAGCAUCAGGGCAGGGUUCGCUCAAUGACUACCGUGCCAACCUAAACGAUCUACGAGAUCUAGAUCCAGAGCUGUAUCAAGGGCUUAUCAGUCUCAAAAACUUUUCCGGCCAGGUGGUCGACCUUGCACUAGAUUUUACCAUUACGGAUCAAGUCACAACAAUCGAUGGUAACACGCUUACCAUUACGCGUCCUCUCUGCAAAAAUGGCGAGAAUAUUCCUGUCACCAACACGAACCGCCCUCUCUACAUAUCUUAUGUUGUAAACCACCGGCUCGUAGCGCAACCCUAUCGACAAACUAGAGCUUUUCUUAAGGGCCUAGGAUCUAUCAUUAACCCCUCGUGGUUGUCCAUGUUUAAUCAAUCAGAACUUCAGAGACUUGUUGGCGGAGACAGCUCAGAGAUUGACGUCGAAGAUCUCCGACGUAAUACUCAGUACUCAGGUCUCUACGCAGUAGGUGAUGAUGGGAUGGAACACCCAACCGUACAGAUGUUCUGGCAGGUAAUGCGCGAGUUUCAGGAUUCCCAGCGACGCGAGGUGCUCAAGUACGUCACGUCAACGCCAAGAGCACCAUUACUAGGCUUCGCUCAAUUAAGUCCUCAUUUUAGCAUCAGAGAUGGUGGCACUGAUGAAGAGAGAUUACCUAGCACGAGUACCUGCGUCAAUCUCCUAAAGUUGCCGCGGUAUAGUUCAAAGGAGAUUCUAAGAAAAAAGCUGCUCUACGCCAUCCAGUCUGGAGCUGGUUUUGAUUUAAGCUAA